UUUUUUUUUAGUUCUUGUUUGAAGCGGGCGGUGUGUAGACGCUCGCGUCGCGUUGAAUUAUAGUUAUUGUUACAAAUAACAUAUUUGGACUGCGUUUCUACGCAUCCGGACAUUUUGUUGAGUGCAAUAAUGUAUUUAAAGAGAAAAAGACACGAUUAUCGGAGUGUUAUAUUAUAGCGCUAGUGUUUGAGUGUCGAGAUCGGACGAAUCGCUUGCUUCUGAAAAGAUGCACAGUAACGAGCCGCCGCCGCCGCCCCCGGCGACGGGCACGGGGCUGCUGCUACAGCUGGGGCGCCUCAUAGUGCGCGCGCGCAGCUCCAGCCCCUCCGUCCGCAGGGCAGACGCGCGCCCCAGCGGCAGCCAACAGGUCAUCAGCCAACCCAAGUCAGUGACAGAAGAGCCGAAGCCAGGAGUAGAAGCGCAGUUGAACAGCCAUGUGCAGGCCUUGUGGAAGGAACAGAUACCCAUUUGUAUUGAGGUCCUCCUAGCGCCAGAUUGCCAAGAGUGCUACGCCUCCCUCAGCCGGGUGGAGGAGGAAGCCAUGUAUGACAAGCUUCACUCGCAACAGAAGGCCCUCCUGCUCGAACGAUGGACCAUGCGGACUAUUACUAACAAAAACCACGACUCCCCAGCUGCGAUAACUGCCCACUGGCUGCUUAACGCGGUGCGCUCACAACUCCACUUCUCCCAGCUGUCGGCCUGGCGCGCUACCAUCAAGACAAAUGACGACAAACCAGCUGAAAGAAGGAGAAAGCUGAGCCGCGAAACGUGCAACUUUAAGAAAAUAGAAGCGAACUGCGACGAUACGGACCUCGACGAGCGCAAACUGAACAUCGUCUACUCCAUCAAGAUCCCCGGAGAGAGCUAUAAGAUGGCGGACUUCCCGCGACCUCCCACCGACCACCAGUUCCCCGUCACAGAUAUAGGGGACAACGUGUACCUUAAGGUGGUCCUGCAGGCUCUGCCGAGGCUGGACGAUAUCCCCAUAGUCAAAUGUACCUGCAAACGACGCGCCAGUAAGGAGAUGCCGCCCAGCGCCGACGAGGAGCUGGUCGGCAAGCUGAAUGAUCUCACUCUGGGCCCACGGACCGCCAAGUACCCAGCCGACGCUAUCAACUCCAAUAUAGGACCGAGCAACCGAAGACUAUCAAUCAUAUCGAACACAGGCACGACCGAAUACGUUUAUUCAAUGGACAAAGAAAAGAAGAUUCUCGACGACCGAAUGCUAACCCCUUGCAGUGAAAGUGGAAAACAUAAAUGCAGUUGCGAUGACGAAUCCGACGACCGAUCUCACAAACCCGACGAAAGAUCUCACAAGCCAAUCGACGCCAAGAAGUUAGACGAUCGACGGAUGAAAGAAAUAGCCAAAUACAAACGUCGUUUGCGGAAAGAGAGCAAGUUAAAAAAGCUAUGUGACAGCACAUCUUCAGAAGGCGACGGUUUGAAGGCAAAAGAAACGCAUACUUCCAUACCAAUCUUACAAGCAGCUAGAUUUGAUAGAUUUAGAGCCAUAGGAUGCUUCAGGAAUCAAACGUACCUAACUUUACCGGCAAGUCGAAUAGAAAGUAAAUCACCGUUCACUGAAACUUUAACUUUACAACCAACAGAAUUCAGAAGGACGAACACAGUUGCAACACAGACUGAUGACAUGGCUUGCAAUUGUGGCAGUAGUAUUGAAUUGAAAUGUUGGACGUGCAAAGAAAGGGGUAUGGUUCGAUCCGAAGGCAAUUAUAACCUCGCUUCUAUUGAAAAGGGGAAAAUAGAAAAUAAUGUAAAAGUCGUAUUGGAAAAUAAAGGAAAUUCUUCGAGACUGCCAAUGGGAAGUGGAGAGAAUGCGAUGAGAAUAGAUAAUGGAGAGAAUGGGACGAGAGUAGAAAAUGGAGUCAACGCGACGCGACGGUGUGAAAGUGGGGAAAAUCUGGUGAGAAGAGAAAUGGAAAAUGGGGAGAGUAUAAAAAAUAGGGAAAAAGAUCAGAGACCGAGCGAAGGAAUUAUUGAAAAUCAAGCGGGAAUUGCAAUGAAAAAUAUAGAAAACGGACCGAGUAUAGAAAACGGGAAAGUUGCAAUCGAGAAUGGGGCGAGGAGGAAAUGCGAGGACGACAGCAAACAGUUGAAAAAGCUAAAAUGUGAUAAUAGCGUUAAAAAGUGUGAUAAUAUAAGUUUAGAUAAUUCUAAUAGUGAUAAGUGUGAAAUAAUCAAGCGGCCCAAAUUGAGACGUUUUCCGAUUACCGACCGUAUUGAGAAGGUGAUAAGUGAUAGAUUCGCGCAAAACAACGACAUCGAGCAGCUGAACUUACGGGACGAUGAUACGGUGUUCUCGACGCCCAAAAUUGAAGUCAAAAGGCAGAAAACUUACUCCGUAGGAGAAGAUUAUGUGUUGUUUGAGAAAUGUGAUUAUGGCACGUUCGAUAAGUAUGAGGUAGAGUCUCCAAGAGAGGAUGUGGAUGAAAAAGGGUUCAAGUUUCCGGACCAGAAGAAGGUGGGACUGGAUAAUCAAGUGCCUUCACCUACGGAAAUGGAUAGAUUUCGCUGGAGGUUCGAUUCAGCCGCAUCAAUGGUGUUCCACAACAAGACCGGUCUGCCGCUGACUUCGAGCCCGGCUCCACUGCGCAGGGGAAACAACUGUUUCGAUUUUGAUGAUUCUAUUAACGGAGUUUCCGGCAUUAAAAGUGCAUUAUUCCACCCCAUCUCCCCCCCGUCGCCGGUGCCCGCGUCCCCAGUCUCCCCCGCGAGACAAACUCCGCCGCCCAAGAAGUCCACACCUCACAACAAACUGCGUAUCGGACCUAGCACUGGACUACUUGGUAGUUUUGAAGAGUCAGCUCUCAAGGGUCGUUUGGAACCCGUGGCGACUGUACACGGGUUCGCGGCGGAACUGGGCGCGUCGGGCGCUUUCUGCCCCCCGCAUAGACGGCUACCCGUCACUGUGUUCUUCUACGCGCCGGGCGGUACCAAUGCACCUUACAUGGGGCACAUCAACCUGGGCCCGCACGGGUACCGCGUGUCGCGCUCGGGCACCGUGCAGGUGUCGCUGUUCAACCCGCACGGCACGCUCGUCAAGAUGUUCGUGGUGCUGUACGACCUCACCAGCAUGCCGCCCGCCGCGCGCACCUUCCUGCGCCAGCGCACGCUGUACAUGCCGGCGCGCGCCGAGCCCCCGCAGCCGCACCACAUGCACAAGUGGCUCCGGUAUCUCAUACAUUUGAGGUUUAUGACCUCAAAGUCCGGAAAACUGUACCUGCACACUGACAUUCGAAUACUAGUAUCCCGAAAGGCCGAUCUAGACACCGCUACCGCACAUUCCGCAUUAUUCCGCCCUAUUCCGCCCAAUCAGAGCAAAGAUGACGCCACCGCGACAUCAUCCACCAAUCAGGAGACAGAAAGGAAACCAGCCAAUCAGAAGCCCGGGAUUUCGACCAAUCGCACGCCGAACCGAGUUUUCGGUGGAUGUAGCGACUUUGACACGGAAAUGAAGAAUGAAAUGCGCGAAUUCGGUUAUGAGAACCAAAAUGGCGUCUCGUAUGAACUGAGGAGUUUUACGUAUGCGCCAGAGAACCCCAAAUACUCCCCGCGAUAGUAUAGGAGAGGAGGGUGCGCGGUUUUAGUGCCUGGAGGUGUAUGUCUUGAUUUUACUUUGCGUUGAAAAUAUAUGUAUGUACUAAUGAAAAGAAUAUAUUUUUGGUUUUUUAUAUA